AUGCCCGAAACAUGGGGCAACGUCGCUGGCUCUCCAAUUGGCCGCCUCCCUGAGGACGUACUGGUGCAAAUAUUCCGUGACGUCCACGCUCUGCGAGAUGACUGGGAGGAAUGCUAUCAGUGGUAUAGGCUCCUUUGGGUGUGCCAGGCCUGGCGCGCCAUCGUCUGCGACUUCCCGGCGCUUUGGAACGACAUCAAAGUUUCCAAGGACUUUUCACAGAGCUAUCUCGAGGCGAGCCUGAAGUACUCCAAAGACUCUCCUAUCGACGUGUCUAUCCAAGGAACGACCCCCGCGCAGAACGCAGUCGUCAUUGGCCUGCUCCUUCCGCACGUCGCGCGAAUCCACAUUCUGUACACUAGCGGGAUGGGCGACGCGGACGACAUGGCCCUGAGACAACUCCUCAGCCAGAAGAUGCCGAUUUUGGACAAGAUUUCGGCCAACAUCAAGACAAAAUCGCGACCGAUGGGCCCAUACAACGUCCCGGCACACACUCGGAUUGAUGGAUUGCACACACCAGAGGAGGCGUUCGUCUGGGACCUGCGCCCUGAGCAAUUCCCUGCCCUGCGCGAGCUCUAUCUCGGCACAGGAAUCAUGCUCCUGGACUCGUUUCCGAUCUUCCCUGCGCUGAAGCGUCUUGAGCUUGUAGAACUUCGCCACGGGUCCAUGGAUAUCGUCCAAUUCGCUCGUCUCUUGGCACAGCUCACCGAGCUCGAGGAACUCUGCAUCUACAGAUUCCGCCCGACCAUCACGAAUGUCCAGUCUCCCAUGACGCUUCCGCCGUCUCUCAGGAAGCUGUCCGUGCAAGAUAACGCGUACUACACGGCGCCGUUCCUUGCGUCCUUCCACAUCCCGGCGCACGUCGACCUCAAGAUCGCGCGCCUGCGGGACUACAUGGAUCUCGGGGACUUCCCGGAGAACGGGUGGGAGUUAACACCGUUCGUCCACGACGCACUACCUUCCGACGUCGGCACAUUGCCAAUCAUCAAGGACGUGACCUCGCUCGAGGUCCGCCACUACAUGAUGAGCACUUACAGCCUCCGUGGGGCGACGCCCGCCGGCCACACUGUGCGGCUCACCGGGCACCUCAUGGAGGACUGGCCGCGGGAAUACAAGGACCUCCACAGCUUUCUCGAACUGGUCGAGGUCUUUGGAGACGCCGACAUCUGCACGCUCUUUCUGAACGGGAACAACUGCACCGAGAUCGACGCGGACGACUGGGAGGAGGCGUUGAGCACCUGGCCGGGCCUCGAACGCAUCACGAUCGCGCAGACGGACUCGCUCACCAGGUUUGACGCGCGCCUCUCUCUCCUCGAUGCGCUGCUGCCGCCCGAGUUCGCAGAGGGCGAGGACCCGGAGGACACGAUGCCCGUGCCGUGGCUGAAGAUACUCACCAUCACGUCGCUUGCGUUUCGUCAGGAGGACGUUGAGCUCGCGGAGGCGCUCGCGAGCUGCCUGAAGGAGCGCAAGGACGCGGGCUUCCCGCUCCACCGGCUCCACAUCAAGCUAGAGUACAUCGCGCGGCCCGACGCGGAGAACGAGUGCAAGAAGAAGAACAAGUGGCGCGUGCGGAUGUACUCGAAGGCGCUGAAGCAUCUCGUCAAACACCUGAAGCUUGAACUUGUCAAUGACUUCUACCCGAAGGAAAGACCAUUGGACGACGAGGACUAA